AUGGAGGACAGCUCGUUGCUUUCAGACAAGCAUGCAGCCUUCAAGGACGCACGCAACUUUCAAGGAGGCGAAGGCUCCAGCGUCGUCAGCUCCAGCGUCGUCAGCUCCAGCGUCGUCAGCUCCAGCGUCGUCAGCUCCAGCGUCGUCAGCUCCAGCGUCGUCAGCUCCAGCGUCGUCAGCUCCAGCGUCGUCAGCUCCAGCGUCGUCAGCUCCAGCGUCGUCAGCUCCAGCGUCGUCAGCUCCAGCGUCGUCAGCUCCAGCGUCGUCAGCUCCAGCGUCGUCAACUCCAGCGUCGUCAACUCCAGCGUCGUCAACUCCAGCGUCGUCAACUCCAGCGUCGUCAACUCCAGCGUCGUCAACUCCAGCGUCGUCAACUCCAGCGUCGUCAACUCCAGCGUCGUCAACUCCAGCGUCGUCAACUCCAGCGUCGUCAACUCCAGCGUCGUCAACUCCAGCGUCGUCAACUCCAGCGUCGUCAACUCCAGCGUCGUCAACUCCAGCGUCGUCAACUCCAGCGUCGUCAACUCCAGCGUCGUCAACUCCAGCGUCGUCAACUCCAGCGUCGUCAACUCCAGCGUCGUCAACUCCAGCGUCGUCAACUCCAGCGUCGUCAACUCCAGCGUCGUCAACUCCAGCGUCGUCAACUCCAGCGUCGUCAACUCCAGCGUCGUCAACUCCAGCGUCGUCAACUCCAGCGUCGUCAACUCCAGCGUCGUCAACUCCAGCGUCGUCAACUCCAGCGUCCAUGUUGGCAAACAUACAUCAUGA